GCGAGCAGUUAUCUGUUUUGCUCCUGCUUAGAAAACGAGAUCGUUAAUGGACAUUGAAUGUGUGACAGCUGUGCUUGCUGGUUUCAGAUAUAAAUAUAGUGCUAGAAGAUCAUUCUAGGAUACAAUUUAAGCUAAGAAGAAAAACUAAAGAACAUGAAUAACUCUCCAGUCAACUUUCCCGGUCAUGAGGCAUCAAUCAACUCAACUGAAUCCUUAAGACCUUCGGAUUAUGUGGCACUAUCUUUGUACUGCCUAAACCUUCUGUUUGGUCUUCCUACACACAUCUAUGUUAUACAUCUCAUCAUCACAGGAGCGGGAAGUGGAAUUGUGGCAGAGUUUUUAAUGCUUAAUCUCUCUAUUUGUGAAAUUGGGAUCUGUCUGGAUAAUUUGAUCUUUGUACUGACAAUGUACUUUCCGAGUCUCUGGACAUUUAAUGCAUUUUUAAUAGGAUUUUGCAUCACCGGCCGUCCUCUGUUUCAGUGUUUGAUCUGUGUCGAGCGUUACCUGGCUGUGGUUCAUCCUGUAACCUUUCUGAAGUACAAACCUGUCAGAUAUAAAGCGAUCUGUUGCACUGCUGCCUGGAUCAUUUGUCUCGGAUCAUGUUUGUUCUGCAUGUUUACAGUAAUUUCAAAUUAUCCUGCCUAUGUAUGGUUCUUGACAAUGCAACUUUUUGUCUUCUUCCCCAUUCAGUUGUUUUGUUGUUUGGCUGUUCUCAGAGCUCUGAAGCAGUCAGGACCAGGAGAGAGAGGGAGAGAGAGAGAGGAGGAAAACCACAUGAAGAGAAAAGCGUUUUAUCUCAUUCUCAUAACUACUGUGACCACUGUUAUCUCAUAUGGUCCACUUACUCUCACAGGAUUAUAUAACAUUGUGACAAACAUACAUGAUCAGAUACUCUGGGUUUCAUCUUUGAGUUGUUUUUUAGUGGCUGGUUUUGUUCAGCCUGUUCUUUAUCUACACCGCACUGGAAAAAUCUCCUGCCUCUGUUGCCACAGAAAUCUACUAUCAUGA